GACGAACGUAAUGUCAAUAUGGAUACAGCAAGUCAAGUGGAUGAUGGAAUUGAAAGAGGCGAAGAACCAAUGGAACAAGAAGAUACAGCGCAACCAGCAGUAGAAAAAUUACCACCAUUUACGAAAUUAAAGGCCCGUGGAAGAAAGCUUUUGCGAUGGAUCCCACCAGUGAAGUUCUUUGGCAUGGGUGAAGAUGGCUACUAUUCAAUCCAUAUAGAACACGACUGCAUGAAAAAGACUACAAGAUUCAUUGAAAAGAAUAUUCCAGGAUAUACGUUUCACUUUGUCCCAUUUGGCCAAGAUGAAUCUAUCCACUUAUUGUUUUGUCCAGAACCAGGAAGUCCUAUACAUGGUACUCUCAAAACUUGUCCUACAGAAUGUAUUAAGCCACAUGGUACUAUUGGAGGCAUUGUUGCAUUGCUUGAUUCAAAUGGCAAAAAAGAACUAUAUGCUCUAACAGCCAAUCACGUUAUCGAAUAUUGCAAACCCUGUCAAGAAUACAUCUCAUGGACAAAACAAGACCAAAGCGAUAAGAUAAUGAUAGGUAGGCCUACAGAUGUAUCUUUUAGUAUACCAUUGAAAAUGGAUGAUGAAAAACAUGUAGAUCAGUCUAUAUGCUGGAAAAGUGAUGACACAGAUCAAGCACUCGCUGAUAUAUCAUCAACAUUCGAAAAAUAUUGGGAUGAUGUAAAAGAGCAAGACCAAGAACAAUAUGACAUUGCAUGCAUUAAGGUAGAUGACCAUUGUGAUGACAUCAAAAAAGAGUUUGCCCCUUGUGAUAAAUGUUGUUUGAUUGAGUGUCAAGAAGACAAAGUAAAAUUUUCUUCAACAGCAGAAAAACUAGAAUCUGCAACUACCAGAUCUAACAGAUGUUGUGGGAAAAUAUUACGCACUGAUGCAGGGGGUAUCAUUACUGUUGGGGAUAAAACUGCAUGGGUUGAUAAUAUGACGGUAAUAUGUUCAGUUGAUGACACAGAUGAUCAGUUCAUACAGGAAGGAGACAGUGGCUCUAUAAUGGUGUGUGGGAACAAAGAUGACGAGGAAGGUCAUCGUCAAAAUUGUUAUAUGGUAUUUGCAGGUUUGAAAAAUGCAAAUAAAAAGUCCUGGAACUGUUCAUCAGCAUCUUUCGCCUUUUCACUGGAUCGUGCAAUCAAGAAACUACAGGAACAGCUCAAAGAGGGUCAACGGUUGCAAUUGUCAUGUUGUAAGCAGGCCAAAAAUGUUAACAUUGGAAGGCAGGAUAGCCAAACUUCCUUUGACGUGAAAGAAGAAAAAAAUGAGGAAAGCACUUGUGCCAUUUCAAAAUCGGGUACGAGGGGUAUUAAAGUUUCCCCGAAAAAUGACCUUAAGUCGAUGUAA